AUGGAAAAGAGAGAGCUGCCCAAGAGGCUGUGGGACACUUUUCAGGAGUUGCCCGUCAUUGAGGACGAGCAGACCCCUUGGAAGCUCAUCAAACUGGUCAGGUUCAUCGUGCUGUGUGUGGUGGCGCUGCUGGUGUUCGGCUUGUCUCUGUGCAGUAAGACGGCCUUCAUGCUGCUGAUCACCAUGUCGAGUGAGGGUACGAAGGUGAUCCCUGAGGAGCAGAAACCAGUGUCUCUGCUGUGCAUCGGCUGUGUCCUGGUCUCCUCCAGUCUCCUCCUGUUCCUUAAGAGCAUCUGGAAGGCCUGCUACAAAACCUCCAAGUUCCCACGCAUCAGCACAGCGGCUCUGGUGUUCUCCUUUGAGUUGGUGGCCUCUGCAGGAGCAGCCAUCCUCACCAUUGUGGCCAUGCCACAUCUCGACAUUGUGACCAAUGUGAGCAUAGUGAACGGAGCGGCCUUUCUGUCUGCGCUCCUGCAGAUCGUGGCUCAGUGCACGGCUAAAGAGAGAAACCGCUUCCUGGUGCCGUCCAUCACUGCUCUGAUCCUGGUGCUGCUGGGCUAUGGUCUCUUCUUAGCUCUGUAUGUGAUGAAGGACACCAGUGACUUAAAGAUGGCCAUGUGGGUGGGGCUUGCAGUAGGCACCUCUCUGCUGAUGUCUUUGAACUGGUGGGAAAACUACUUUGGACUGAUCAGUGAACACAGCAGCUCCAUAGUGGUCAAAGGACUGUAUCACGACAUGAGGAAAUGCAGGAACACUCUGAACAUGUUCUCCAGCCUGCUCCGCAUGGCUGUGACCUUUUCAGUGCUGGGAGCCUACGUCCCUCUGUCCCAGAUGGACUGGGACGUGGUUAGGUCCAUCCCAGGGCCACAGACCCGGGUCACAGCCAUCACAGUGGGGGUACAGCUGGUGUCCUCUGCCCUGUGCCACUGGUUCUCUCUGGCAGCCUGUAAAAUGCACGCCAUGCGGCGCUGCUUCAUCUUGCCCCUGUACCUGUCCUCUCUGUCCGUCAUGGCUCUGCUGGUGGUCCCUGUGAUUGUUUACUAUCAGGACUACAGGCUCGGCCUUAACGGCACCAGCACUAACUUCACUCACUACUGCAGCGCGGCGGUGGAGGCUCGGAAUGCCAGCCUGAACCCUAGUGUGUUCCCUGAGCUGGUCUAUGACGUCAGCCACACACUUUGCUUCCUGGACAUGUCAAAGAUGAGCGACAUCGGCCUCCUGACCGGCUCUGCGGUGUCGUGGUGGCUCGGCCUCAUGCUGUGUACCAUCCACUUGUGGCACCUCAGUCUGGUUCGCAUCCAGAGGACCCAGGACCUGUUUGUGCGUGGCCUGUAUGAAGGAGGCUUCAUCGAGCAGUCGCUGCUGCUCAACAUGCGCUUCGAAGUCAAGAACAACCGCAAGAUUAAAAAAUUCACUCACCUGGAGCCAGUAAAGCUUUUUCUCUGUGCAACAAUGUGGCACGAGACGUACGACGAGAUGAUGAAGAUUAUCAUCUCAGUGUUCCGACUGGAUAAGUACCGACCCAAAACAGACGAGAAGACAGAUCUGAGUUUUGAGGCUCACGUCUAUUUUGACGAUGCUUUUGUGGAUGUUCCUGGAAGUCAGGGUCGCCAUGUCAACGAAUACGCUGUGUCUCUUGUUCAUAUACUCCAAGAAGUCUAUGUCAUCUUCAUGAAUCUGGACAAAGACCUCUUUAACAGAGAGCAGCAGGUCCCUGAUCAGACCGUGGUUCGGACGCCGUACGGAGGCCGUCUGGUGGUGACAAUGCCUCAUGGAAACAACAUUAUCAUUCACUUCAAAGACAAAAAACUCAUUCGACACAAAAAGCGCUGGUCCCAGGUGAUGUACAUGUACUACCUCCUUGGCUGGAAAUUUGCAACUAAAUAUUAUACAAAAUUGAUGAAAGGGGUGUAUAAAGAGGAGCUGAUUCGGGAGUUUGAGAAAGAGAAGGACAACACAUACAUCCUGGCACUAGAUGGAGACACAGACUUCCACCCGGCGGCCGUGAUGCUUCUGGUUGAUCGCCUCAAACUUUACUCAAACGUGGGAGCGGUGUGCGGCCGGAUCCACCCCACAGGAUCAGGCCCCAUGGUGUGGUACCAGAAGUUCGAGUAUGCGGUGGGCCACUGGCUGCAGAAGACAGCGGAGCAUGUGUUUGGCUCAGUCCUGUGCAGUCCUGGAUGCUUCAGUCUGUUCAGAGCGAAGGCCGUGAUGGACAACAACGUGAUGAAGAGGUACACCAUCAAAGCCACCAAGGCCAGCCAACACCUGCAGUACGAUCAAGGGGAGGACCGCUGGUUGUGCACUCUGAUGAUGAAGCAGGGCUGGAGGGUGGAGUACAACGCCGCUGCAGAUGCUUACACCAAUGCUCCAGAGGAGUUCAAGGAGUUUUAUAACCAGCGGCGGCGUUGGGGCCCGUCCACGUUUGUGAACAGCGUGGACCUUUUGGGAAACGCCACAUUAAUGAUCAACAGGAACCGCUCCAUGUCCCGACCCUACAUCUUCUACCAAUUCAUCAGCCUCGUCACCUCCAUCCUGUCCCCCUCCUCUGUCAUACUCAUGAUCACAGGUUGUCUGAACCUGCUCCUGAACAUCCCUCAGAAUGAGGCCCUGGUCCUGUCCAUCAUUCCUCCUGCUCUGUUCCUCGCCGUCAGCUUCAAAGUGGAGUCUAACAAACAGAUCACCAUCGCCGCGGUGAUGUCCUGCGUCUACGCCUUCAUCAUGAUGAUCACCUUCCUCACCGUCAUCGCGAACAUGAUCGAGGACCAGAGCAUCAUGACUCCCAGCAGCCUCUUCAUCGUGGCGUUGAUGUGUUUCUACGUGGUCACGGCACUGCUUCACCCUCAGGAGGCAGGGCUGGUGUUCUACGGUCUGCUCUACUUGCUCUGCAUCCCCAGUGCAUAUCUGCUGCUCAGCAUCUACUCUAUGGUUAACAUGAACAACGUAUCCUGGGGCACCAGAGAGACGGCCCCGGCCCCUGGGGCUAUGGCUGCAGCCCCCAUCCCAGAGCGAGGGCCCCUGAAGAGAGCUCUGUCUUCUCUCUCUCUGUGGAUGAAGAAGUGGUUCUGUAGAGGGACCUGCUGUCAGAGGUGUCGCAGAGACAGUGAUCCAGAGACUGAGAGGCCCCUGGAGAACUCCAUGGGGCCGUCAGAAGAGGCCCCUGAGGAGCUGCAGCCCCAGAACACCAUCGUGGACGACGGGGGCCCGACACAAGCCGAGCCACAACUGUACCCAGAGCCUGUCCCCUACUGUCCUAUCCAGUCUUGGGUUUCUCAGGUGCAGGGUCUAUCCGACGAUAUGCGUCUGAAGGAGGAGCCUCUUGAAUCGGAAGAGCAGCAGUUUUUCCAAGAGUUGAUCGUUCGUUAUUUGGAGCCGCUGCAUCAGGACAAAAAAAAACAAGAAGAAAUGCUGGACGAUCUGCGGAGUCUACGAAAUAAGGCAAACUUUGUGUACUUCAUCAUAAACGCCAUGUGGCUGGUGAUAACGUUCUCACUGCAGUUCAGGACGGACAUCGUGGGGAUCCAGAUCCCCAAAGUGGACAUGAACCUGCAGCCCACAGGGGACCACAUGCUGAUCGAGCCCAUCGGGGUCAUGUUCAUCCUGGCCUUCGCUCUGCUCGUCCUCAUCCAGUUCAUCGGCAUGCUCUGGCACCGGACGUACACAUUGAUUCAUUACAUCGCCUUCUUGGACACAGAGACAGUGAAGUUUGAGGAACCAAAGGCGAAAGUGUCUAAAAAGGUCGAAGAAGAAGUAGAAGAAGAAGAAGAAAGUGACAGUGACAGUGACAGUGACAGUGACGAGCUGCUUUACCCAGAGCUGAGCCUCAGAAGUGUCACAGGAACAUGGCCGACAGUGACGAACGUGUGGCUGGUGAACCUGGCGGCUGCUGACCUGAUCUUCUGCUUCACUCGCAUCUCGUCUCUCAUCAUGAAGCUGUUCUUUGACCACUGGCCGUUUGGCGUUUUCAUCUGCAAGCUCAACGGCUUCUUGAAGUACAUCAACAUGUUCUGCUCCGUUUUCCUGCUCGCUGUGAUCAGCCUGGACCGCGCCCUGUGCGUGUGGAGACCCAUCUUCACCAAAAAGAAACGCAGUCUAUUUGUGGCCCGCGUCGUUGCCAUGUGUGUGUGGACGCUUGCUCUGGUCUUCAGCGUACCUUACUUUGCGUAUCGCAGAGUUUACCUGGGGAAAAACAACUUAAGCAAGUGCUCUUUUGACGUAAAGGAGGCAAAAGACAACGGUGUCAAAAUCGCCCUGUAUUCUGUCCGCUUUCUCUGCGGGUUCCUUUUGCCGUUUCUGGUCAUUCUGAGUUGCUACAUUGCCGCCGGGUUGGGGAUCAAACGCACACGCUUAUCAGGAAAGGCCCGCCCCCUACGGAUACUCGUCACUCUGGUCGUAGCCUUCUUCCUCUGCUGGGCUCCGUACCACUGCCUCCAGCUGGUCAAAAUGGUGAACAGCAAGAGCCUGGUGGUGAAGAUCUGGCAUCCGUUGGCGAGUGGCGUGGCGUACUUUAACAGCUGUGUGAACCCGAUCCUGUACUACUGCAUGGGGGUGAGGGUGAGAGGGAGGUUUGGGAAGAGUUUGGCCAAGGCCUACGAGAGGGCCCUGGCCGAGGACGCCGAGGGGCCCACAUCGAGGUCUGUGGAGAGGACGGUAGAAGAAAACGCGAGUGACAAAUACAGCGAAGACGACAGAAGGUUGCAGCCCUCAGAGGAGGUGGAUCACAUGUAG